AAACAACUCCGUGAUGCGAUCUCGACGGUACUUGGAAAUGACAGUACUUCUCAUGCUCCUACUAAUGGUAGCCAAACUCUUAACCAUGCCUCCACCCGUUAACCGCCUCCAGCGGCCGGAGAUGGAGAUUCUAAAUGACAACAAGGUGGUGACAGCGGUGGUGGUAGCCCGCCAAUCUCGACUUUUUCUGUCUGCCGCUUCCAUUGGGCCCUUGGUGCCGGGCGAGGGAGAGACGGUGGAGUCGCUCUGGUUCCAUUCAUCACUCAUGUUCAACUAUUACCUCGUGUACAAACACAAACUGAUAGAUGUUUUACAGGACCACGACGAGGUGGUGAUCGACUUCAAUAAAGGUCUUGCCAUCCGUGACACGAUGCUGGUGGACCUCGGGUUCGGCUUGUGGUACAAUACCAUCUCCCCGGCUCAGCUACAAGAUGACAUCCCCGUGGUGCGCGCCAUUGACGUGUUAUACGGCCUCCAGACCCAGCUCCAAGACGAGCGCCCGCACUGGCGCCAUGUGCCGUUGAAUCUUGAUAAUUUGCAUUUCUUCAAGAUUUCUGCCCAAGAGGCCGCCCAGUACAUGCCCGAGCUCAAGCGUAUCCAUAACAUGAAGCAGGGUGUGCUCAAGGCCUCCGCUCACCGCUUUAAAAUGUUUCAGGUUAGUGACCUCCACUUUGCCAACGGCUACGUCGACUCCGACACCGACAAAUUAAUCUCUGCCGGCGUGGCCAAGGAAUCUCCCGACCUCAUUAUUAUCAACGGAGACUUGGUGGAGUUCCAGCUGAUAUCACGGCACCAAUUGACGGGAGUUCUCCUUAGUGCCCUAAAUGUGUUUAUACGGCAAAAGGUGCCGUUCGUGGUGAAUUGGGGCGAGAGCGACUACCUCUCUCCCGACAUGGUACGCUCGCUCGAGUUUGUCGCGAGCUUGCCGUACUGCAUCAACACCAUUGACACCACCCGCAAGAUUCACGGUUGGACCAACUACAACUACAAGAUCUACGCCGAUGAAGAGGUGUUGGGGGUGGUGCUGGUACUCGACUCCCACCAGAAUAAUAUUAAAAACAACCAGAUCAACUCGAUGUACCGAUUCAACACCCCCGAUCUUCCUAUCGAUACAUUCAAGUUGGCGUUUGUGCACUAUCCGCUUCCCAACUUCCGCCCCGUGGGGAAGUUUGCCAUCGUGGGAGACUACAACGAGAAGGGCCCGUUGAACACAUCAACGGACCAGACGUUUAUCAAUGAUUUUUUAAUGAUGGGCUACAACGUGAUUCUGGCGAGCCACGAGCACACAAACGACGGGUGUAUUUUCCACCAGGACGAUAGUGAUAAGGUGCUUAGGCUGGUGUGGCUUUGUUAUAGUUCGGUGGCAGGGCUGCAGGCGACGGCUCCGGAUGGAUUUGACCGCCGGUUGCGGGUUUUUGAGAUCAAAAAUAAGCGGUUACUUAGUUGGAAGAUAGUGGACGGAAAGGGGUUCCACUAUCUGGUGAUUAAGCAGUUUUAGGUUAGUUUGUUUUAGGUUUGGACAAAACUGUAGGUAAUACAUUUUUUGGGA